AUGGCAGAGCGGUGGAUAAACGCAUGCUUCGAGGCAUAUGACACGACCAUUCGGCACGCGGAAGACGUGGGUGCGCAGGCGGUGCAGUCUGCGCGGGCGGUGUACAACGUCGCGUGCGAGACGGUGAGCGAGAUCGCGCGGCGCGCGGGGACGGAGGAGCGCGGGGUGGCGGUGCUGGCGGAGAAGCCGGCGGGCGGCGUGGCGGCGGCGCGUGAGCACAUACUGGCGGCGGUGGUCGGGCUGGCGGGGCGGCCGCGGGUGCGGGCGGCGGCGGCGGCGGCGGCGGCGGGGCUGCUGGUGUACGUGGCGGGGCGGGCGCUGGUGCCGGCGGUGGCGGCGCGCGUGGUGGGGGAGCGGGAGACGGUGCUGGUGCUGGGGGAGAUGACAGACCCGAUCACGCGGGCGCUGGUGUACGACCUGCACCGGCGGGGCUUCUGCGUGUUCGUGUGCAGCACGAGCGAGAAGCGCGACCGGCAGCUAGAGGACGAGUACGAGAAGGUCCCGUCGCCGUGGGACCAGGAGGGCGGGGUGUGCCACAUGGCGGCAACGCCGGAGGCGGUGGCGCGGUUGACCGAGUUCCUGCAGCGGGAGGAGCGGCGGCUGCGCGGCGUGCUGGUGGUGCCGAGCUCGUGCUUCUUCACGUCUGGGAUGUUCACGAACAUCCCGGAGGGGCAGGUGCGCAGCGAGCUCCAGGAGAACCUGGUCAACACGUGGGCGGUGGUCACGCGGCUGCUGCCGCAGUUCGACAGCGCAUCGCGGGACAAGCUGCAGGUGGUGGUGUUCAACCCGUCCCUGUCGCAGAAGCUGAACCUGCAGUACCACUCGCUGGAGCUGCUGAUGUCGUCGACGAUGGAGUCACUGUACCGCAUCCUGGCCAACGAGUGCGGCUACCUGGCGGACGUGUACCAGUGCCAUCUCGGGAUUCUGAAUAUCGCGGGCAACGCGUCGAACUACAAGUACCUGACAAUCAACGGCAGCCACAUCACGAAGGCGCUCUGCGAGCCGAUCUACGAGCUGCUGCUUUCGCGAGACAACAUGUGGGUGCGUUUCAAGCGGUGGCUCCAGGGCCCUGUUCUAUACUGCGGGAAGGGUUCCCGGCUUGCAUGUUGGCUGAGGAGCUAUGCUCCGCUCUGGUUACUCGAGUUUAUCUAG